CUUCCGGUGCUUUUUUCCGCGGGAAUUCGGAUGUAAACAAUAAAAUCGCGGGAAGUCGGAAAAUAGGCGUGGGUAUCAAGAUCGAGAACUUUGAGAAGUAGGCGUAGUUGUCCAAACUAAAUCUCGUGAAAAGCCACGAUCAUGGUCCGGACGAAAGCUGAUUCUGGCAGUGCUGCAUCUCGAAAAGUUGUGGCUGCCCGAGCCCCCAGGAAAGUGUUGGGCAGUAGUGCCAGUUCUGGAUCAUCAGCAGCGGGCGAUUCUCCUGCAGGUAAAGGAAAGUAUGCUGGGGGCAACCCAGCUUGUCCUAGACCAACACCAGACUGGCAAAAAGGAAUUGGCAUGUUCUUGAAAAAAUCCCCAAGUAAAUCAACAGAAAAAGAGAAUUCAGACCCUACCGAGUUAGAAAAAGAGAAAGGAGAAAGCAGCAGCAGUUCUGCAGGGCCCUCCUCUAGUAAUGCUGAAAUUGAAGUAGAUAGUGAUUCAUGAAAUAUCUUAAAAAGAUGACUUAACAUCAAGAAAAGACUUUUACAAACUUUACAGAGCAGCUACACUUGGAUCAAGUUCAAAUGAAGGGUAGAGUGAUAUUUAAACGAAUUGAAGAUGAGGAAAUCAAAGUGUUAUCAGCGACAAAGUGAUUUCUAGUUAUGUACAGACACGUUGGCGUUUCAAUGUGCUGUGGCGCAUUAAUUAUCCGGGAACAUUUGUUGUAAGCGGAAGGAUACUGUCACAAUAAUGAAAGUCAGUCCACUGAAAUAUUUUACUGAAGCCGUUGGACCAUUAAUUGUUUGCAAUACUCAGCCCUGCAUUAAUAUGUAUUUAACUCUGAAAGACAAUUUAACUCUGAAAGACAAUUUCAUAUGUUCUGUAUUGCAUCAUAUGUUGUCAAUGUAACACUGGAACUGGUGAAAAACAUUGUACUAAGUUUCGUUGGGAGAGAUGUUGGAUCAGAUUUCCAUGUAUAUCAAUAUAUGGUUUCCUAGUUUUUAAGAGCAUAAAAUGUUUGCUUUAAUCUGUGUUUUUAAAAAAAAAUGUCUACUGUAUGUGUAGUGAAUGAAAUGGAAAGAUUUCAGCCCUUUGUUUGAUAGCAAGAGAGCAGUUUACAUGUUCAGACUUUGAAUCGUUUUCCAUUUAAUGUAUAAUGUUUACAUCUUAGAGAAUCACUCUCACAUAAAAUCAUUUGAUCAUUUCAUUUAUUUCUGCAUUGUUCGCUCAAUGCUUGCAUUUGGUAUACCUUGUUAGACAUCAUGAUCAAAAUGAAGGAUAUGCUUGAUAAAGAAUGUAAUGCAAGCAGAUCUAGACUGGUGUAUGCGUGUGAACAAGAGAUGAACUGUGUAGAUGAAAAUUACUAGUAUAUGUGUCUGUGUAAAUUGUUCAAAUGGAAGAUAUCUUUUGUAAAAGAAGCAACGUAAAGAAAUCAUGAAUUGUACUUUUGUCAUACUGAAAUGUUAUAAGUUUUAUUUACUGUUCAUAGUUAUUUUUACGUAAACAUGUAGAUUCAGUUUUUCAAAAUAUAAUAUUGUGAUCAUGAGAGACCAAUGGUAAAUGCAUACUGAAUGAUUUCUUUAUGACAGGUUGAUUUGAGUCAACUGUUUGAAACCUAUAGGCAUCUAUGGUUUGGAAGAGUGAAAAUAGUUGUUUUCAUUUUACAGUAAUUGUAAUUAAGUAAGCUGUAAUGAGGUCUCCAUUGUAUUGAGAAAUUGUUAUUUUGAAUUCGAAGCUAACUUACCUCUUGCAUACCAAUAUUUUUUUUAUCUGAUUCAGGCACAAUGUUCACAAUGAACUUUCAGUGCUUUUCUAUUGAAUAUGUAUCAAAUUAUAAAUAAAGUAUUUUAAUGUUAA